GGCCGCGGCCCGCAGCUCGCUGCUCUGGGGGCUCGGCUUUGCCGCUCUCGGCACACUCGGGCGAGAGCAGGAACGUGCAACGGAGCUCCGAUCCCAGCGCAGCCACCGCGAUGAGAGGCGCUCGUGGCGCCUGGGAUUUUCUCUGCGUUCUCUUCCUUCUGCUCCGCGUCCAGACAGGCUCUUCUCAACCAUCUGUGAGUCCAGGGGAACUGUCUCCACCAUCCAUCCAUCCGGCAAAAUCAGAGUUAAUAGUCAGUGUUGGCGACCAGAUUAGGCUGUUAUGCACUGAUCCAGGAUUUGUCAAAUGGACUUUUGAGAUCCUGGGUCAACUGAGUGAGAACACACGCAGGGAAUGGAUCAUGGAGGAAGCAGAGGCCACCAAUACAGGCAAUUACACAUGCAUCAAUGAAGGCGGCGUAGGCAGUUCCAUUUACGUGUUUGUUAGAGAUCCUGCAAAGCUGUUCCUCACUGACCCACCCUUGUAUGGGAAGGAAGGCAAUGAUACGCUGGUCCGCUGUCCUCUGACAGACCCAGAGGUGACCAAUUACUCCCUCACGGGGUGUGAAGGGAAACCUCUUCCCAAGGACUUGACGUUUGUCACUGAUCCCAAGGCCGGCAUCACCAUCAGAAACGUGAAGCGUGAAUAUCAUCGGCUCUGCUUGCACUGCUCUGCAAGGCGUGAUGGCAAGUCAGUGCUGUCGAAGAAAUUCACCCUGAAAGUGAGGGCAGCCAUCAGAACUGUACCUGUUGUGUCUGUGUCCAAAGCAAGCUAUCUUCUCAGGGAAGGGGAAGAAUUUACAGUGAUGUGCUUGAUAAAAGAUGUAUCUAGUUCUGUGGACUCAAUGUGGAUAAGGGAAAACAGCCAGCAGACUAACACACAAGUGAAGAGUAAUAGCUGGCAUCAGGGUGACUUCAAUUUUGUGCGUCAGGAAAGGUUGACUAUCAGCCCAGCGAGAGUUAAUGAUUCUGGAGCGUACAUGUGUUAUGCCAAUAAUACUUUUGGAUCAGCAAAUGUCACAACAACCUUGGAAGUAGUGGAUAAAGGAUUCAUUACUAUCUUCCCUAUGAUGAAUACUACAAUAUUUGUAAACGAUGGAGAGAAUGUAGAGCUGAUUGUUGAAUACGAGGCAUACCCCAAACCUGAACACCGACAGUGGAUAUAUAUGAACAGAACCUCCACGGAUAAAUGGGAAGAUUAUCCCAAGUCUGACAAUGAAAGCAACAUCAGAUAUGUGAGUGAACUUCAUCUAACCAGAUUAAAGGGGACGGAAGGAGGCACUUACAUGUUUCUAGUGUCCAAUUCUGACGUCAGUUCUUCCGUGACAUUUAAUGUUUAUGUGAACACAAAACCAGAAAUCCUGACUCACGACAAGUUUGUGAAUGGCGUGUUCCAGUGUGUGGCCGCUGGAUUCCCAGAGCCCACAAUAGAUUGGUAUUUUUGUCCAGGAACUGAGCAGAGAUGUUCUGUCCCCGUUGGGCCAGUGGAUGUGCAGAUACGAAACUCCUCUGUAUCACCAUUUGGAAAACUAGUGGUUCAAAGCUCCAUCGAUUAUAGCGCCUUCAAACACAAUGGGACGGUCGAGUGUAGGGCUUACAAUGAUGUGGGCAAGAGCUCUGCCUUUUUUAACUUUGCAUUUAAAGGUAACAGCAAAGAACAAAUCCAUUCCCACACCCUGUUCACGCCUUUGCUGAUGGGUUUUGUGAUCACAGCCGGCUUAAUGUGUGUCAUUGUGAUGAUCCUCACCUACAAGUAUUUACAGAAACCCAUGUAUGAAGUACAGUGGAAGGUUGUGGAGGAGAUCAAUGGAAACAAUUAUGUUUACAUAGACCCAACACAACUUCCUUAUGAUCACAAAUGGGAGUUUCCCAGAAACAGGCUGAGUUUUGGAAAAACCUUGGGAGCAGGCGCCUUUGGGAAAGUUGUGGAGGCCACUGCAUAUGGCUUGAUUAAGUCAGACGCAGCCAUGACCGUUGCUGUGAAGAUGCUCAAACCAAGUGCCCAUUUAACGGAACGAGAAGCCCUAAUGUCUGAACUGAAAGUCUUGAGUUACCUCGGUAAUCAUAAGAAUAUUGUCAAUCUUCUUGGAGCGUGCACCAUUGGAGGGCCCACCCUGGUCAUUACGGAAUAUUGUUGCUAUGGUGAUCUUUUGAAUUUUUUGAGAAGAAAACGUGAUUCCUUUAUUUGCUCAAAGCAGGAAGAUCACGCAGAAGCAGCACUUUAUAAGAACCUUCUGCAUUCAAAGGAGUCUUCCUGCAGUGACAGUACUAAUGAGUACAUGGACAUGAAACCUGGUGUUUCUUAUGUUGUACCAACCAAGGCAGACAAAAGGAGAUCUGCGAGAAUAGGCUCAUACAUAGAAAGGGAUGUGACUCCUGCCAUCCUGGAAGACGACGAGUUGGCCCUAGACCUGGAGGACUUGCUAAGCUUUUCUUACCAGGUGGCGAAGGGCAUGGCAUUCCUUGCUUCAAAGAACUGUAUUCACAGAGACUUGGCAGCCAGAAAUAUCCUCCUUACUCAUGGUCGAGUCACAAAGAUUUGUGACUUUGGUCUAGCCAGAGACAUCAAGAAUGAUUCUAAUUAUGUGGUCAAAGGAAACGCUCGGCUCCCUGUGAAGUGGAUGGCACCCGAAAGCAUCUUCAACUGUGUGUACACAUUUGAAAGUGAUGUCUGGUCCUAUGGGAUUUUUCUUUGGGAGCUCUUCUCUUUAGGAAGCAGCCCCUACCCUGGAAUGCCUGUCGAUUCUAAGUUCUACAAGAUGAUCAAGGAGGGUUUCCGAAUGCUCAGCCCAGAGCAUGCACCUGCUGACAUGUAUGACAUAAUGAAGACAUGCUGGGAUGCUGAUCCCCUAAAAAGGCCAACAUUCAAGCAGAUUGUGCAGCUAAUUGAAAAGCAGACUUCAGAUAGCACCAAUCACAUUUAUUCCAACUUAGCCAACUGCAGCCCCCACCAGGAGAACCCGGUGGCGGACCAUUCUGUGCGGAUCAAUUCUGUCGGGAGCAGUGCUUCGUCCACCCAGCCGCUGCUCAUACAUGGAGAUGUCUGAAGCAGAAUGAGGGCGUCGGGGUCUCCCCGACAAGAACAAUCCCCAUUCUUUUGGUUUCUGUAAUGGUUAUUUCAUUUUACUUCGGCUUACAUCCUACUCCAGGGUGGUGGACACCUGCUGUCGUGCUGUCUUUAUGAGCACACUUCAGUGGCUGAUGACUUUUGUCAUCCACCACCAUUCCAUUGCAAGGGUUCAAAUUUCAUAUAUUUCUAAUAGCAAGGUACCCCCUUAAUGAAAAAAAUUUCAGACAUGGAGAAAGGGAGGUGGGGUGGUCUAGACACCCUGAGUCCUUUACAAGGCUUCUGUAGCGUUUGUUUGAAAAAGUUGAUAGUUUAUUUCAGUAAAUGGCAAUAAUCACCCUGGGCCCAUGUAACCACCUGUAAUGAUAUGAUGAUGCAGCGAGAUUAGAAGCUGAAACCUAAUCCUUUGAUGUGGGAAAUAGAAUGUUAUUAGAACAAAGGGCAGAUGUCUAUGAAUAUCUGGGCUUACAAGAUCUAGUAUUUCAUGCUGGGAAUGAGACACAGGCCAUGGGAAAUGCUCCCAAAGCGUGAAUGACGACCCGCUGCUAUGCACAAGCCUUUGUACUACUGACCCAGUUUGUAAAUAGAGUUCACUAUUAGGGAGCUAAAUUGGAGAGAAGGCCUCCCAGCCAGCAUUUGUAUAUAUCCAUCUAUAAAGUAAAUAUGUUCAUAUGUUUGAGGGGGAAAAACCCACAGGUGUAGUGUCUGGACUCAACCCUGGCUCAAGUCUGCUGUGUGUGGGAAUAGAUUAAGAGCCAGACAAGUUUGAAGGAAACAGUUAUGUUAGUGCUUUUUUUUUUUUAAAGAUAAAACAUAAUUGCCAAGCACAAUCUUAACAAAAAACUCCUUUCCUAGCCGAUUAACUUGCUCUGUAGAUUCUCCAGAAUAAGCCUACCAGCUUCAGUAUGGCAUUAUGCUCAAUGGAUUUGAUGCCAUUUGAAAAAGUGAUUUAUUGCAUGACUCCAGCAGGAGUGAUGAAACAGUGCUGUCUUAGUUUGGAUUCUUUCAUAGCAGGAAAUAAAAAUGUAGAUUCCACCUUUGCAGGUAUGUCCUGGACGCCAGGCCAGUAUCUAUAAAAGUGUGUAUGUGUGUAUGUGUGUGUAUGCUUUUAGACAUAUAUUUUGGGGGCAUUCUUGCCUUGAGCCUCAGAGGGUCCCUCAGUACCCACAAGGUAGCUUGGCCUCUCUCAUCAGUACUCUUUUCCUCUCCACCUCACUGCCAAGAGAGGCUUACCACCAGCUCCUGGAGAGGUAUGUAGGGCAGAUACUUCUGUACCUAUUUAUUUUCAGUCCACCUGCACUAAGGCACUCUGUUAUUUAUGCUCAGCAUACUGUACCUGUUCCUUAGACCUUAUUUACUACUCUCUCACUGAAAUGUAUUUAAGUUUUAUCUUUUUAGCCUGUAGCCCAGAUAUUACUCUUAGAGCUGACCUUUUUCUUUUUCAUCAUAUCCAACUCUAAGAGGUCCCUGUGUACGUGGCAAGUUUUAUGUGUUGUCUUGCGAGAUUCAUUUAUGCAACCUUCAGGUUUUCUGUCGUAGGUCCCUUAGAUUACAUGUAGAAAACUGUGGCCAUUUACCUGGAAGUAACCAUUUGCACUGGAGUUCUGUGCUCUUGCACCUUUCCAAAGGCAACAGGUUUGGGGGUUUCCUUGUCACGUAAGACACUGUCGCUGUUUGCCACAUACUGUCUCCAAAUUCCUCUUGUGUUUCUGUUGAUUUUGAUUAUAGUAAGAAAAGUGUUGUUCACUAUAGAUGUCUAGGUACUUCAGGGGCACUUCACUGAGAGUUUGGCUUGGAUAUUCUUGAAAGUUUAUAUUUUUAUAAUUUUUUUUUUUUUUUUACACAUUGGAUGUUUCUUUGCAGUGGCUUAAUGUUUGAAAUUAUUUUGUGGCUUUUUUUGUAAAUAUUGAGAUGUAGCAAUAAUGUCUUUUGAAUAUUCCCAAGCCCAUGAGUCCUUGAAAAUAUUUUUUAUAUAUACAGUAACUUUAUGUGUAAAUACAUAAGUGGUGCAAGUUUGAAGGAUGUUGGAAUUCCAUGUGUUUUUUUUCCUGAUAUGUUGUCCAGUUGUUGACAGUUCUGAAAAAUUCUAAUAAAAAUAUAAAUAUAUAAAUCAA